CAGAACUAGAAGCAGUUCUCUCUAUGUACACCUCAGGUGUAUGGAUUUCUUGGAAUCCCUUCAAAAAUUCAAGCUUCCAAACGCCGAAUCUUCAUAACCAAUCACACAAGCGAUUUACUGUAAACGUGGAAACCGAUUCAUAUAUUUCAGGCUAAUAAACCUACUAAACUUGAAGAAUAAACUCGCUUUCCUUCUUAAAGAGAGAUGAGCCUAUGUAAAUCUUCACCGUUCUCCACCAGGGCGAAGUCUCUGCGUGAAAAGUUUGGAUCUAAACGAAGUUUAUCAGAAAACUUGAGGGAUCCUCCUGUGCCACAGACAGAACGAUUUCCAGAGCGACAGUCGAUUUCUGGAUGCUUACGAGUAGCUCCUAGACUUCCAACUGAACACUUUAAUCCAUAUUCUACCCUAUCGGAAGAUACAUAUUGUAGUGCUCUGGACAUUAACUCUCACCAAGAAGAUCCACGAUUCCCGUGGCAAAGAGAUAUCGCUAUUCAAUGCGAUAUGUCCCCAGAAGACGUUUCCUCUUCUUCACUUUCUUUGACGGUUCCUUUCGGGGCACUGAGUAGGAGCAACGUCCAGCCUGAUUCACGAUGGGGUAACAGGCAGGGAAGGACUGGAGAGUUGGGUCGAUGCUACAGUGCGGUCUCUUACAAAAAUGUGCCAAAAUCUGCUCUAAAAUAUAUGUUUGUUCCGUCCAGUUCGGAGCAGCCACAAGGAAAUCCAGGCUUGCGUGAGGAGCUACUUUCUCGCCGAAAGUGCAGCUCCGGUCUUCAGCGAUCCAUGUCUCUAGAGCGUGGCAACGGCAGGUCUAAAUUAGUCCACCAGAUGUCGAUGGACGACAGCCGAAUUGAUCAGCCACAUCUAUAUGUGCCCCAUCACGUGCAAACUCUGACCCCAAGUUUGGAAGUUGUCCCUUCAAGUGAGGUUACUUCCCCUAUUACAUGUGAAGUAUCAAAAAAUUGUAGCGCCCCCAAUUCCCGUACAGUCACGCCUUCCCAUGAGAUGCCACUUCAUCCGCCCGGUGGUAUAAGCAUUCCGAGUUUGACCAUGCGCAAACCUAGUGCAGCAGAACUCCGAAAAUUACGUUUUGUACGAAAAGAAACAAAUUCGGCACCAGACUCCAUGGAAGAAAACACUCCACAAACACCUGAAAUAAAGCUGACCAAUUAUUUUAACGUAGACACGAUACAGAAAUAUCUUGACCUAACUUUUAACAACGCUUUAGACGGUCGCUUUCAUUUAAACCUUCCAUCUGGAAACGGACCUGGCGGCAAAGAUGCUGGUUAUCUGAAUUUACCGUCACCUAAUCUACAAGGCCAGGAGCAGGAGACGAAUAUAGUUUUUAGGAAGCUCUCCUCUGUGGAAGAUGAAGAGAGUGAAGUGGACGAGCAAGAGGAGGGACCACCGGCUGCAGCUCUGCAUAGAAGGCGUGCUCUCGUCCCCCCAAAGAUGAUCACCGAUGGGUAUGAAAGUACUAGCGAAGAUGGAGACAAUGAAGACGAAUCACAAAACCAACUAACCACAUCAGAUGACAGCAGUGUUGGAAAAAACCGUAGAAGAAGCUCUAUUGUUGUUAUUCCGCCUAUGCAUAUGUGCCCAGGCGAUUUACUUGUGUACAGUCAAGUGUUGACCCACAGGAAUGACUUCCUCGCUGACUUGGAUGGCUCAACGCAGUGCCUUGCCGUGGCUGAAGAUUCGUCCAGAAAAGGAAAAAAUUCGUGGUCAUUACUGCGUUUAUUUGAUAGAUCAAAUCGAGGGAAGUCGGAAUCCUUAUGUGGCCUGGAAGAGGUUCUAAGCAGGCUUCCCCCAUCUGAGUUCGUGGACGAACAGCUAGCGAAAUACAAGGGAAUGCAGUGGUCAGAAUUUGUUUGUAUGUUUGAGGAAAAGCAGGUACAACAACGUCAAGAACAAAGGGCUAAGUCGAUCCCUUCCACGUCUUCAGUCGGUACGCCUUUACGUUCAGAUUUAAAGCCUGGCUUUGGUGAGUCAGACAAACUACUGCGUACCAAUUCUAUUCGAAGUGAAUCUGAAUUUCGGUCUUCACGGCAGAUGCGAAGCAAUUUAAACCCUAAUCAGCUACGACUGAGUGUUGGAAGCAGUGUUUCAGAGCAUCAACUGAUGAAAAUUAGUUCAGAUACCAGCCCGUACAGGCCACUCCUAGAGCACCAACAGUCCUGUGACGUUACCAACAACAGAAACGUUAAGCCUAUUUUUAGUUGUGAAGUUACUCUUAAUAAUAAUGGCGUUAGGCCCACUCACAGUCUUUCCUUUGAUGAAGCAUCCAGUAACGACAUUUUUCCGUUAGAAAAAAUGAGAGGGACACCUACUCUAACUAAGGGAGAGUUGAAGCGGCGUGAAGCAUUAUGGGACUUGUUUCAGAGCGAGGUCAUGUUUCUCUACGACCACUUGUUGGUUCUAAAAAACGUUUUUAUGGAACCUCUGAAGAAAAUACAAGUGGAAGGAUUUGCGAUGUUUGCCCAACCUGAAGUUCUGUUUGGAAAUCUAGACGAACUCUGUUGCGUCACCUACGCCUUUUGCAAAGAAUUUCUUCACUUAAUUUUUCAACACUUGCACUAUAGUGAGACCGAAACCACAGAUGUGCUUGUGAGACUGUUUCAAAAGAGUACCAAGGCAACAGCACUGAGACAAGCUUAUCACAGGUAUUCCCUUAAUUACAUCAACGCUCUCAAUUACUUGGAAACGUUAAGGCGGCAAGUAGAGUUCAACGAAUUUGAGAAAUGGUGCUCUCGUGACCUGCGGUGCAAGAAGCUUCAGCUCACCGAUCUCUUAGUUUCUCCCGUUCAACAUAUCAUGAGAGUGCCUUUAUUACUGAAGGAAAUAGAGAUGCGAACUGAUCAGACCUACGAGAAGGAAGCAAUCACCAGCAUCCUUGAACUAGAAGAAAACUCCAUACGUGAGUUGGACGAUAAAAUGAAGUGGUUGAAAAACUUCGAGAGACUUCUAGAAAUUCAACGCAACAUAAUCUGGCCUUCUAUUACAGAACUAGAUCCAAAGGCCUUUAUUCCAGAGUUUCUAAAAGCACCUCUAUCAAAACAGCCGUGUGAACGACUGAUUGUGAGCCCUAAGAGACAGAUAGUCUUAGAAGGUCCUUUACAACUUUUUGAUAGUGGAAAAACAACCGAAAUGUACGUCAUUUUAUUUGAUGAUAUGUUUUUAAUUACAAGACGGAAAAAAGGUCUUCAUAAAAAGAAAUCGUCUAUAACAGAGAACUGGGCAAGUUCUUCUGGUAGAGGUUCCACGUCACAAGAGAGCGGCUUCAAAUAUGUCGUAUACAAGCAACCAUUGUCACUUGAUAGGUUCUUUAUUCAUGACGUCAGCCCCCAAGAUGGCGCUCAGAACAAUCUAAAGCAUGCCUUCGUUCUUGUCCUGUUAAACCGGUUCCAACAAGUUGUGGCAGUAUAUACUUUCCAGAGUUCCAAUGAAACCGUCAAGGCCACAUGGUUGUCCAAGUUAAAAGACACAAUAGAUAAGUGGAAGAGGACAUUACAGAAUACAAUGUUUCAAAGUAACCAAUCAGAAACAGCUCUUCUGUCCAAAGAAAAGUCUUGAAUGCAGUGCGUUGUUGUUACGUGUCAAUUGCAUGAUGUCUGAGUAAUCAGCAUUAAAGAAAGUUUCACAAAUAAAAUGACUAUCUUUCUCUACUCCUAUUAAAAUGUAGAAAAUACAUCAUGGUUCUAAAAUAGCUAGCAGAAGACACAAAACAAGAUAUCUAUUUGGAUGAUCGCUUAAACUCAACCUCUGUGUGUGGUGUUUGUGAAGUUACUAGAGGUUUGGACUGCAAUGAAGAAUGACCCGAGAAAAACAAUUGAUAAAGACAGAUCAGUUGAUUAGCCAAGAACAUUGUUUGUAAUCUGAGAAAAAAAAAUCUAUAUAUUUUCUCCCAGAAAGUGAUUUAUUACUGCUGCUAUAGGUGUUUCUUGGUGAGUUUGUGAAAUCAAAAUGUGUUAGCACAGUCUUAGGUGGGCAUGUUUAAAAUUAAUAUAUAUAUAUAUAUAUAUGUAUGUAUGUAUUAUAGUUGUAGUUUAUUUUAAACAUUUCAGUAACAAUGACAUGAAAGAAAUAGCGCAGCUCUAAGCUUUUUUAUCAAAGAAAAGCACAAGCACAACUGUAAGUUUGAUGGAUCCCACUAAUAUGACACAAAGUCCCAAGGCUAAUCAGACAAUCAUAGCUGUCACGGGCUUGAUGUGUCAUGCUGUUGAUUAAAAUGAGUGAGAGAAGAUGCUAUUAUUUUUUUUGAAGAAUUUGUCCUCUUGAAGUGAUACAAUUUAUCUCUACUUUGUUUUUUAUUUUUUCUCUAUUUUGUUUUCUCUUCUAUUUUCCGUCUUCUUACACUUCCUAUUUCUUUCUCCUUUUUAAGUCGAUCGUAUUUUCUUUCUUUCUUUGUUUCUCUUGUUAUUCUCGAAUUUUUACGUAUUUCAUCAAAUUUCUUUCUUUUGUCUUUAAACUGCCACCUAUUAUAAGAAUACUUUGUUUAUAUUGCCCUGGACUUUCUAACAUUAUUUUUCCUUUCGUUUCCUAUGUCUCUUUUUAAAUUUUCCUCCUUUUCAUUUCUCCUCUGAUUAUGCCUCUUUCUUUAAAUCUUUCUUCUUUCUUCUCCUCUCCUUAAGGUACCCUUGACACACCUUUAUACAUCUUCCUACAUAUCUCUCAGUUAAUUUUUCUGGAAAAUAAAAUAUUCGAGAAAAAUGAACACAAAAGGGCUCGCCUUUUAAUAGAAUAUUACAUCGUCAGAACACAAUCUUUAUUAAACGCUUUCCAUCUAAAACGCUCAUUAAAAAUCCGUAUCUUUAGAGCAUGUUUCGAAUAGUUUUAUCAUGUCUUAUCUUCCACUUCUUAAAAGUUGCUCUACGUCAGUCUUUAUUUGAUAAAUUCUUCUCCACUUGGCCAUUUUAAAUAUUAUUUUGAAAUUAUCUUGCUCAUUUUCUUUUUGCUUUCUUCCAAGAAGUGGCAUCCUUUGGUCGUUUUCUUUGCUCAUUACUCAUUUUAUUUUUGUUUAGUUUUAUUUUCAUCUAUGUUCCAUUUUCUCUUUGAUUUUAUCAAAUGUUCUUUAUUUUUUUAAUGUAACUGAUUUUAAUUUCACAGUCUUAAUAAAAUACGUUAGUGUAUUCUUGGAUAGAUUUUUUCAUUUAUUCUUAUCAAUUAAUUAUCUUUCUGAUUCCCUGAGAUUAAUAUACUCACGUUUAUGUUACUGACUCUUUUACUUUUCUUAUAACUUAGAUUUUAUUCACGCUUAGCUUAUUGCGUCUCUCUUGAGUGUUAAUAAUUGCGUUACUCGGAGUGAAAGAUCAAAACAAGCUAUGGUAAAAGAAUAAAGAAUUUUUUGCAUUGUUCGAUAUGUCAGCCCACACGAAAAGCUGUGCUUGAUAGAUUUAUAGUCCUUGGGAUCAGAACCUGUGAUGCUUGUACGUUUAUCCUUCACACUAUCUGUCUUUAUAACCAAAUUCUCGGUGGUUAUCUCAAAUUAAAGGAAAGUGUGCUCUUUUGUUUUUGUGAAAGAAACUUAGAAACAGUGCCUAACGCAUAAAUCAUGUAUGUAAUGAACUAUCAAAAGAAGUGUAUUUAUUAUAUGAAUACAAUUUAAUAUAUUAUGGUUUAUAUAGUAUUACAUUUGACUAUGUAAUGAAGAUUUUUGGAGAAAAAAAAAGAGAGUAUUUAUGUACUCCCUCAACUUGUUCGAAUAGUUGUCUCUGUUGUUGUUGUUGCCAUUGGUAAUUGGCACUAGCAACUUACUGUAAUGUCUUAGAAUAAUUUUGUUCAAUAUGUAUGAAUGUUCAAAUAAAGAAAUAUAGAAAGAAACGUUAUGUAAAUAUACACACUUUGAGAUUAAAACUAUUAUAUAUUAAGCUACUUGUUGAUAUUGUUUAGAAAUUCGGUAACUGAAAUUCGGACUUCUUUAAUGAACAAUUCAAAUAUCUUUAACUGUUGAAAAUUGUCUUUCUGUAAUCAGUAAUCUGACAGUAAAAAUGAAGUGUUCUUUACAGGUUACCUGUAAAAUUCCUUAUUACCAACUUGUUUAUCAGUAAACUUAAACUAGGCUACAUUUGUAUAGUUAUAAAAAUGACUUUAAGGUCAUUGAUACUACAAUAUUACUGUUAAUCUUGAUAUUUUUGUGCUACGCUGAAACUGUAAAGAUCAGUUUGUGAUAAAACCUUGAGAUUUUUCAUUCCUGUGUGAAAAUAUAACAGCUUUUUGGAUGAUUUGUAAGGGUGUUCGAUACUAUAUGAGCACCUGCCAUUGUACAAGAUAACAACUAUUGGCAUUUUAGAGUUUUCUAGGUAUUUAUUAAUUAUAUAUAUUUAGACUACACCGUUACUAGAGCCACAGUUGUACAUUUCACCGACAAAUACAUCUUCAUGUUAUCCUAAUUUUCAUGUAGUACAUUUUGCAUAAUCCCAGUUGCUACAGGGUCACGUGUGGAUGAGAAUAAUUCUAUGUUUGUUUGGCCGUCUGUUACUUAAUAAUCUUAAUUAUGGUCAUACGACAAGAACAGGUGAGAGUUAUUACUAGAAGUAAAUGUGGUACAACCGAAACGAAUAAGAUGAUAUAAAAACACAAAGAAAAGAAAUGUAACAGCUCAACUCAUUGUGGAAAAAAUGCUUCAUGGUUUAAGAGGUCUGAAGACAUGAAUGUGACAAAUACAGAGUCACUAUGGUGAACAGUUGAUAGUCAACUGUUCUCUAAGGUUCCAUUUUCUGUAAAAUUAAAAUGUAAUUUAGUUUGAUGUAUCCUAUUAAGGCAUGUCUUUCAGGAAAUAAAUCCAAUGUUUGUUGUAUAACAUAAUUUUCUCCAGUUUUCGUUUUUACUACAUGAGAAAUUUUGUUUCUGUUACGUAGGGUUAUAUUCGUGAUAGUAGUUUCUGUUGAUUGCAUAAUUCUGUAAGCUGUGAGUCUGUUACAUCACACAAGUCUGUCAGUUUUGAGUUUGUUACAUCGCAUAACUCUGUCAGAUUUGAGUCUGUUACGCACGUAACUCUGUCAGAUUUGACUUUAUUACAUCAUAUAACUGUCAGCUUGAUGUCUGCAAUGCUACAUCAUUUAGAUCUGUCAUUUUUUCGUCUGUUACAUAACUUAACUGUUGUCAUUUUAGUGUUAGUAACAACACGUAACAGCAAGUUUGUUGUUUAUCACAUCACAGACUUCUGUCUGUUUGAAGCCUGUCACAUUAUAUAACGUAGCGGUGUAGUAAGUGUUGCAUUAUGUAAUUCUGCCAGAUUUUUUUUUUACUGCUAUGUGAGAUAAAUAAGUGAGUUGUUUGGUACGUGUUGUAAUACUUUUGGUUUGUUACAUGGUUCAAGUGUUUGUGUGGUGUACGCUAUAUCACAAAGUACGUAAGCUGGGUGAUUUCUGCAUCAAAUUAUUUUAUUUCAUUUUGUGUUUGUUAUAUUUUCUAAUUAUUAUAAUAAAGUAUGUUACAAUGACGAAUCCUUAUAAACUUGAUAUUUUCAGCUUUAUAAUUACUCUUUCUUCGAGCUAAUUCCGUGAAAAUCAUAUUUAAUGAAUGAAGAUAAAUAUAAGAAAUAUUUUAAACGAUGGAUCCAUAUAUAUGUCAAAUAACAUAUUUUUCCCCUCUGGCUUCAUUUUAACCCAUAACUGUUGUAAAUGUUAAUGCAUACUUCGUCUCAUAUUUAUUCGAUAGCUUUAGGUCAUUUUUUUUACCCCAAAUCAAAACAAUCAGGCUAAAUGGAAAUUGUAUAUUGUAUAAUACAAAGAAAGGUAUACUUAAUUUUCACUGCUGAAUUUGUGUACGAAAAAAUAAUCUAUCAUUCCAUUUCGUAGAAGCGUCAUUGGAUAUAUAUAUCUGUAUCUUUUUUCUUUUAACCAAUAGAUAAGAUUUUUGUACAUAUGUUGUGUUUGCGGCAAUAUAACGUAUAAUAAAGUGAAUGCUUGUGCA